UAUUACGAAAUUUUAAAAAUGAAGGAAUUUUUAUGUUAGAUUAAUUUUGUUCUACUAAUACAAAAAAUUCAGAAAGUCUGAGAUGACAGAGGAUCGCAAAAGUGAAAAACGUUUUCCGACAAAAAACGAACGUUACAAAAGUUUUCAAGCUGCGACGACUAAGAAUCGUCGCAAAAGGUCUCUAAAAAUUCUGCGACAAAACAAUAUCGUCGGAAAAUAUCUCGACACAUUCUGCGACGAAAGUCAGUCAUCGCCAAAUGUUUCCAGACAGUCCGCGACGAAAGCAACUCGUCGCAAAAGGGUAUGAAAUUUUCCGCGACGAAGGAUAAUCGUCGCAAAAGGUUUCAAAACAUUCUGCGACGACAGUAACUCGUCGCAAAGGUUACGAAACAUUCUGCGACGAAAGUCAGUCGUCGUAAAAGGUUUCAAAACAUUCUGCGACGACAAUGAAUCGUCGCCAAUAACCUUCAAAUAUUCGGCGGCGAUUAAGUUCGUCGCGAAAAAUUAAAUAUUCGUCGGAAAAGCAUCUGCCUAUUUACGGUUGAAUAUUGACCUGAUUUGCGACGAAACAAUAUAAUUCAUCGCAAAUUGUACACUUUUUGCGACGAAUUUGUUUCCGUCGCAAUAGAAUUCGUCGCAGAAAGUGCAGUUUGUAUUUCUACCAAAAAAAAAAAAGAAAUUGCAGUUUGUUGUAGUGGUACCACAGUUGACAACAUGUUCAGUUUUCUGUAUCAUUAAAAUUCGAAAUGCAACUUGGAUCACAUAUGUAUUAAUUAAUUGACUGUUAGGUAGUAGUAAUUAAAUUGUUGUUUGGCAACUUAAGUAGGUCAACUUGGAUUCAAACAGAAAAGAGAGGGAACUGGGUACGUAGUGUUUAUGGGCCAGCAAAGGGAUGGAUGGCAUUAUUCAUUAUGUCGGCUUGGUGGAUAUUUGUCACACUCACUCUCUCUGCUGGCCUGGCCUGGCCUGCUGUUACUAGGUAUAAUCUAAUCUAACAACAACAAUAAUAAUAUGUAUUUGUUCAAUUCAACCCUUUUUCACCCACUUCGAUCCAUCAUCUCCCCAACCCAUAUAUUCUUUCUUCCUCACGACCUUCACUUCACUUCACUAUAUAUGGAGGGUAAGGGUAAGGGUAAGUAAUCAUUAAAGCGAAAGGGAAAAAGACCAAACCAAAGCACGACAAGACAAGCAAAACCAACAACAUACUAGAAAAAAGUGAGGACAAGGAAUAGAAUAGAAAUAGAAACAAUGCGCUGUCCACCUUCCCACCCGUUUGAGCUGGACCCCAACCCCGAAUGCUAAUCAAUCGAGCUCGGCCCAUCUCCCAUUACUAAAGCCCGCAUCUCCCCUAUUCACUGGGCCCAAGCCCGCUAGUAUUGAAUUACCCCCUUCCUUCCAUGGAUAAAUUCCUUACCUUUUCUUGGAAUUUUGCUGUGGACACACGGACAGAAACUGUGCCCACCGCCCAGUCCCUCUUUCCCACAACCAAUCAAAAUAUUAUAAUAACAAAACCCAAACCGCAAAACGGAAAAAGCAAUUACCAAAAUUAAAAAAAUGGAGGGAAAACAAAACAAACAGACAAAAAAAAGUGGAAAACAGAAGCCAAAAAGCAAAACUCCCCGCCCCAAAAAUCCCCCCCACUUUCCCCUCCUCCCUCUUCAAAGCUUCCACUGUCACUCUGUCACUCAUAUUCCCUCACUCACUCGUCUUCCACCAUUUUUCCAAAUUAAACCAAAAAAUCGAAGCUCUUACUUCAAAAAUGGCGUCGCCGUCUCCUCUGUUUCUCCUCCUCAUCCUUCUCUUCGCAAUCCUCCCCUCUCCAAUUUCCCCCUCCUCCAUCAACGACACCCCGUCGACCUACAUCGUCAGCGUUCAUCCCGACGCCGUCAAACCCUCCAUCUUCCCCACGCAUUCCCACUGGUACCAAUCCUCCCUCUCCUCUUUACUCUCCCCUUCCCCUCCCUUACUAAUCCACACAUACACCGGCGCCGCCUUCCACGGCUUCUCCGUCAAGCUCUCCCCGACCCAGGCCCUCCUCCUCCGCGCCCAGCCCCACGUCCUCUCCCUCCUCCCCGACCGCCUCCGCCGCCUCCACACCACCCGCUCCCCACACUUCCUCGGCCUCGGCACCUCCACCGACUCCGCCGGCCUCCUCAAGGACUCCGACUUCGGCUCCGACCUCGUCGUCGCCGUCCUCGACACCGGGAUCUCCCCGGACCGACAGAGUUUCCACGACCGCGACCUCCCUCCGGUCCCAACCAAAUGGAAGGGCUCAUGCGUCAACACCCCCGAUUUCCCUUCCUCCUCCUGCAAUCGGAAGCUCGUCGGCGCGAAAUUCUUCUGCGCGGGUUACGAGGCCACCAACGGGAAGAUGAAUCAGACCUCCGAGUUCCGCUCCCCUCGCGAUUCCGACGGUCACGGCACGCAUACGGCCUCGAUUGCCGCCGGCCGUUACGUUUACCCUGCCUCCACUCUCGGCUACGCCAGGGGGCUCGCCGCCGGGAUGGCUCCCAAAGCUAGGCUCGCCGUGUAUAAAGUAUGCUGGACCGCUGGGUGCUAUGAUUCCGACAUCCUCGCCGCGUUCGACGCGGCGGUUGCGGACGGCGUCGACGUGAUUUCGCUCAGCGUCGGCGGGGUUGUUGUUCCGUACUACCUCGACGCCAUUGCAAUUGGCGCAUUUGGGGCCAUGGACCGCGGGAUUUUCGUGUCGGCUUCGGCUGGGAACGGCGGGCCAGGUGCUCUCACUGUAACAAACGUUGCUCCCUGGGUUACCACCGUCGGUGCCGGAACCCUAGAUCGGGAUUUUCCCGCCGAUGUGAAAUUGGGGAACGGGAAGGUGAUUCCAGGAAUGAGCGUUUACUCAGGGCCGGGGCUUGCUCCGGGGAAGACUUACCCCUUGGUUUACGCUGGAACUCAAGCUGGAGAUGGCUACUCGAGCUCGUUGUGCUUAGAAGGCUCUCUGGAUCCGAAAUUCGUCGCCGGUAAAAUCGUAAUGUGCGACCGAGGAAUCAAUUCCAGAGCUGCCAAAGGCGAGGUGGUGAAGAAAGCUGGUGGGAUUGGGAUGAUUUUAGCUAAUGGGGUGUUCGACGGGGAAGGAUUGGUCGCCGAUUGCCACGUCCUCCCCGCCACAGCCGUCGGCGCAACCAGCGGCGAAGAAAUCAGGAGGUACAUCUCUUCCGCUAAACCCGAUUCCCCGCCGCCGACUGCCACCAUUGUGUUUAAAGGAACUCGGCUGGGUGUCAAACCAGCACCCGUCGUAGCUUCUUUCUCAGCCAGAGGUCCAAACCCUGAAUCCCCUGAAAUCUUGAAACCCGAUCUUGUAGCUCCUGGGUUAAACAUCCUCGCCGCUUGGCCGGACAAAGUUUCCCCUUCAGGGAUCCCAUCGGACCACCGCACAACCGAGUUCAACAUUCUCUCAGGAACAUCCAUGGCUUGCCCUCACGUCUCUGGGUUAGCAGCAUUGCUGAAAGCAGCUCACCCUGAGUGGAGCCCUGCAGCAAUCAAAUCAGCUUUCAUGACCACAGCCUACACUGUCGACAACCGAGGCGAAACAAUGCUGGACGAAUCGACGGGGAACUCAUCGACUGUUAUGGAUUUCGGGUCAGGUCACGUCCACCCUCAAAAAGCCAUGGACCCGGGGCUGGUCUACGACAUGACAACGUUCGACUACGUAGAUUUCCUCUGCAACUCCAACUACACGGAGCAGAACAUCAAGGUGGUGACGAGGAAGAACGCGGAUUGCAGUGGAGCUAGGAGGGCUGGACAUUCGGGGAACCUGAACUACCCGUCGAUGGCUGUUGUGUUCCAGCAGUACGGGAUCAAGCAGAAGAUGUCGACCCAUUUCAUCAGGACGGUGACGAAUGUCGGGGAUGGGGAGUCGGUUUACAGUGCUAGGGUGGUGGCCCCUGCUGGGAUGGUGGCCACGGUGAAGCCGGAGAAGCUGGUGUUCAGGAGGGUUGGGCAGAAGCUGAACUUCCUGGUGAGGGUGCAGACGAGGGUGGCGAAGCUGGCGCCGGGUGGAUCUGUGAUGAAGAGUGGGUUCAUAGUGUGGAGCGAUGGGAAGCACAAUGUGACCAGCCCCAUUGUGGUCACAUUGCAGCAACCUCUGUAGUAUUACUUCUUACUAAAUGAGAUCACAAACUGGCAAGGAAGGUUAAGCUUUCCACGUUCCUCGGGCGAAAUUUUGGAACUUGGAGGCGUAUGCAUGCGGGAAGAGAUAUAUAAAAAGAAGCCAUUAUCUCUAUGGCAGGCUGGCAGCUGGUUGAGCUCUCUGGCUCUUUGAGUGGAUGCAAUGUGUAUGUCUGUGACUGUAUAUGUAAGAAGAUAUGGUAAACGAAGUUUGAGGAAGGAGGUUCUGAUGUAGUGUAAUGUUGUUGUAUGAAAAGCGUGAUGUGGAUAAGAGGAGAAGGGGAAUGGUUUGUAUUGUAGGGUGAGAUAAGUUUGGGGUUUGAUAGCUGCAAUGCAAAGAUGUCUUUCUCUUUGGUAAUGUUCUAGUAGUUGAGUUGUGGUGAUAUAUAUGUAAUGUAUGGCAGAUUUGCAGCAGUUGCAGGGAAUGAGGAUGGAUUGAUCCGAAAUAGGCAAAUACAAUAUAUUAUCCACAACUAUUAACAAACGGGAAAUUAUAUC